GGGGGAAAGGCUCUAUCUCUCGUGGUUGCUCGGAUUGCGCCGCCGAGGUUUCGACAGUAGGAACCGCGUGUUAUUAGAGACCCUUGGUUCCGUCUCGGGGGCUGCUGCUUCUAGUCCGGUACCGCGAUGCCGAAACUCAAGAAGAACCGGCGGCGCAAAUACAACUAUAAUGUCAACCGGAAGAAGCUGAAUAAGGCUUUCCGCAAACGGGCGGCGCCUCGAAUAAAAUGUUCCCAAAUCCGGCAAGCCUGGGAUAGGACCAAAUCUGUAUCACAGAACUUGGCUGAAAUGGGCCUGGCUGUUGAUCCUAACAAGGCUAUUCCGAUUCCAAAGGCAGCACGAAAGGUGACGAAGAUGGAAGUGGAUGGACAAGAGACACGGACAAAAACUGUACGGAAGCCUUAUGUACUAAAUGAGUUGGAAGCUGAGGCCAGCCUUCCAGAGAAGAAAUCACAGACCCUCUCCACAGAUCUCAUUGAAUAUGUCCAGCACAUGAUCAGGAAUCAUGCUGAAAACUACAAGGCUAUGGCUCGUGAUGAGAAGAACUAUUAUCAGGAUACACCAAAGCAAAUAAAGAGGAAGAUUGAUGUGUAUAAACGCUUCUAUGCUGAGGAGUACCAAGCCUUUGUUGCUUCUCUUCAGCAAGAAAAGAUGGAUCAGCAGUGAUUUUACUUACCUCGGCAAUGGGCAGAAGAACCUUUAUUGCUUAUAGCUCUUAUUACUAGACUGUAUUUAAGUAACUGGUGGCCAGAAACUG